CUUAGUUUACACUUUGCACAAGGGGGAAAUAAAGCGAAGAAUGCGAAAAAGGGACUGAAUGAGAGGUUCUGUGUUGCCUUCGAUCCAGAUGAAAAAGUCAUUUGCAUGGCGGCCGCAACUGAUGAGAGAUACGGUGAUGUCUAAGUCAAGGUCACGUCCAGCGUUGAGAAGACCAACAUGGAUCCUUGCAUUGGUUUCGUUCAUCUGUGUUUUUCUGAUACUUGCCUACUUCUACUCUCCGAAAAACUCUGCCUCCUGCAAUCUGUUUUCUUCUAGUGGCUGUCUGUUUGGAAGGACUCCCCCUAGCCCUGCAAGGGAGCUGACCGAUGAUGAGACUGCAUCGGAGGUUGUAGUUAGGGAGAUUCUCAAGACACCUCCUCUUCAAUCCAAGAACCCGAAAAUUGCUUUCAUGUUUUUGACUCCCGGAACUUUGCCUUUCGAGGAGUUGUGGGAAAAUUUCUUCCAAGGCCACGAAGACAAAUUUACCGUUUAUGUACAUGCAUCCAAGGAAAAACCAGUACAUGCGAGCCGGUAUUUUGCUGACAGAGACAUACAUAGUGAACAGGUCGUUUGGGGAAAAUUUUCGAUGGUUGAGGCAGAGAAGAGACUUUUGGCAAAUGCACUUUUAGACCCCGACAACCAACAUUUUGUCUUGCUGUCUGAUAGUUGCAUACCACUGCAUAACUUCGAUUAUGUAUAUAACUAUCUCAUGUACACAAACGUCAGCUUUAUCGAUUGUUUUGUUGAUCCUGGUCCGCAUGGAACUGGCCGGUAUUCAAAACAUAUGUUGCCUGAAGUUGACAGGAGCAAUUUCCGGAAGGGUUCACAGUGGUUCUCUAUUAAGCGGCAACACGCAAUUGUCAUGAUGGCGGACAGUCUAUACUAUACAAAGUUCAAGCUUUUCUGCAGGCCAAACUUGGAUGGACGCAACUGCUAUUCGGAUGAGCAUUACUUGCCAACCUUCUUCAAUCUGAAAGAUCCUGGUGGACUCGCGAAUUGGUCUGUAACAUAUGUCGAUUGGUCUGAAGGGAAGUGGCAUCCAAGAGCGUUCAGAACUCAGGAUGUUACUUAUGACCUUCUUAGGAACAUCACGUCCAUUGCUGAGAGCACGCAUAUUACAAGCGAAGACAAGAAGCGAAUUCUGAACACUCCGUGCUUGUGGAACGGGAUGAAGCGACCGUGUUAUCUAUUUGCCCGAAAGUUCUAUCCAGAAACACUGGGGAAACUGGUUCAGCUUUUCUCCAAUUACACAAAAGUCUAAAUCCUUUUUGGUUUUUUGGCCAUCCAAUUGCUUCCUCAGCAGCUCCAGGUCCUGGUAUGUAUGUCUUAUAUGGGUUGGAUUGGCGGGUUGAGAGGCUGCUGGCUGUUCCUGUAGAUUGUUUUGCCUCCUUUCUUUUUUUUUUUUCUUUUUUUUUUUGUUAUUUGUGUAUUUUAAAUUACUGAAUUUUACUGAAUUUUGAAUGAGAUUGCAUUCAAUUUCAGGUUUCUUUUUACUUUCUGUAAAAUUAAUGAAAAUUUGGAUUUAGUUUUGAAAAAUGGUGACAUGUGUAGUAAGGAUUAAUUAUCUUAGUUCGCGGGUUUGAGUCGUGGAAACAACCUAUUUGCAAAGCAAAGGGAAGGCUGCAUACAAUAAUCGUUCCUUCACCAACCCUUGCAAAGCAAGGAGCCUUAUUGGAUUAGGUUCAGCCCCU